AUGGAUAUGAUGAAGGCGGCUAGCUCGCUCAUGCCGAAGAAAUUCCGUAGCGUUCGGGAGAAAAAUGGGCACCGUCGCAACAAAUCAUCCGAGUCUGGCGGCAAGGUUCGGCCGCUAACUGCAGACUCAUGGCUUUCCAUAUUCAAGCCCGAUUCGGCUAAACAAGCACAGAGGGAAAAGGAGGAGAUCGAGAAAGAAGCGGCGACGAUCGAGGUCAUAGUUCAGCGCCUGGAAGAACUCAACUACCACGCUGUCUCCAAAGACCUGGUCCGCGUCGCACUCCGUUCCAACUUCGCCGGCGGCAACACCGACAAGGCUGUAGAGCUCCUGCAAUUACAACAGCAAGCCUUCUCAGGAAUAAUACAACCAUUCGAUCCGAACAUCGAAAUGGUUGGCGCAGAGAAUAGGGGAAAUGUCACAUGCUAUCUAGACUCCUUACUCUUCGCUAUGUUCGCCCACCUCACAGCCUUCGAAUCCAUGCUGAAGAAUGACCUGGAAGGCGAGCCUCAAAGGAAGCUUGCCGCAUUACUGAGGUUAUGGGUCAACAUGCUCAGGGGCGGAAAGCUGAUCCACACUGAUAUGCCUUGGCCGAGUGUGGCUGGAAAGACGCCGCGCUUCUCGAGCAACAGGACACAUCCGAAGCCUGUCGCGGAUUCUAUUGCCGACGCCUUGCAGUUACCACUUCUCGCCCUCCAAAUGGACCUUUUUCACCACGGAAAGGGGGAUAUAGAUGACCACAAAGUCGUCCAUGAGAGGUGCCUUAACCUCCCCAUUCCGCCUGACACCGACGGAAAGGGAAUAAAGCUCGAAGACUGCAUGGAAGCAUACUUCAACAACAAGGUGGACGUUCUUCGCGAUAGUCUCGACGACAAGAAGUCCAUCGACAGGCCCAUCCUGAGUCCAGAGAGCACGAUUCGGAUGGUCCCCGAGGACGGGGACGAAACACCACGUGCGGAGGAGGAAAAUACGCAGUUGCAACGGAGGUGGACAACACAUGGAGGCAUCAUGCACUCCCCAACCUCCGUAUCAAGCUCAGAUCCCACGCCGUCUGGCUCCCGGACAAGGUCUACCAGCAUCAUACAGCGAAUUGUGGUGAAUGAGAAACACUCGGGUGGACCAUCCGCCGAUGCAGAAACAAGGAGCCUACUGCAACGAGCCAAGCGUACCGGCUCAACGGUAGUAAAGGCUGUCACCAUCCCAGCCUGGCAGUUCUACCGGUUAAUACCGUGGAAUGCCACUUCAAACAGCGCCCCAAGCAGCGACAUGGAACUUGCUCGGCAUUUCAAUCAACGCCCUGUGGUGGCCAUUUGUUUGAAGAGGUAUACCAUGACAGAAACUGGUGUCCCCAUCCGGCAAAACACCUUCAUCGAUAUUCCCGACAGCCUUCGGCUGCCGCACUUCAUGGUCGUCGAUAGCGCCAAGGGAGAAGAUCACGAUUCGAACGGGUUGAGUCAAGGGUACAAGUUGGUUUUGCAGUCGGUCAUUUGCCACCGGGGCGAUUCGAUUCACAGCGGGCAUUACGUCGCCUACGCCCGGGUUGCGCCGAAACUGUUGACGGAUAACCGAAAACACGACCAUGAUCCGCCUCCGGAUUACGAGGAACCGCAGUGGGUGAGGUUUGACGACCUGUCGAUCGACAAGCGGGUCGAAACUGUGGAUGAUAUCCAGGAAUGCCUGCGACGUCAGGAAGAAAUGCCCUACGUAUUAAUCUACCAGAUCGUGCCGAUGGUGGACGUGACAACAGCGACCUCGACCGACGGAUCCGUGACGGAGCCCCCCUGCUACGUUGAGUCAACAACAACCGUCCCUGGGACGCCGAGCGUUGGAGCGGUGUCCGACGCCGGCCAACUCUCAAAGUCGGCGAGUGGCUAUUUCGAGUCUGCAACAACGCUUGCUCAGAGCGCACCACACAUCCGUUUCAGCUCUGAGAUCGAACAGCGUCCACGGCUGAGUUUGGAAGACGAUCCACCCUCUCUCGCCAUCAAAACGGGGGGUGGCUCGCGGCGUGGCAGCAUCACGUCCUCUGAACCUCCCCUCCAAACCAACCUCGCUGUUACCCCCGAAGCCGUUUCGCCAGUCGCCGGCGAGGGUCGGAUGAGCCUUACCAUAUCAAGAUUCGGAUUCGGCCGGCAAAGCAAAGAUGGCAACUCCAACGGUGCCAAUAGUGUCAAUGGCGCGACCACGAACUCGAACUCGGAGGCAUCGGCGAGUGACCACGGCGGGUCUGCUGUUGACGGGGAGGAAGCGGGUAGUGGGAACGAUAGGGAAAAAGAAAGCCACAUGGUCCACAACCACAAGAAGGACAAAGACCGGAGCAAGUCCAAGACCCGGGACCGGGAGGAGAAGAAGGACAAGGGAAAGGGGAAGGACUAG